GGGAGAAGAUGAAAAUUCGGUAAGCGGCGCGCAAACUGUCCAGGAAUCUUUUCCUCGUCACGUCACGAGAUUCCAGGACCUUUGGCACGGGCGUAGACGAGGCUCGCAGGGCCCAGCGCGGAAUGAACGCCGACGGUAAGUCAGUUCCUCGCAUACCGGGCGCUCAGGUAGGUAGGAAGGCGGCGAACGGUGCUGAAGAAGGAAAGAAACGAGAAAUCUACGGAGAAAGGAAGAGCCUUCGCGGUUGGCCGAGAAGAAGCGAGAUAGAGGCACGGCCGGACGAGCAAGCAAGCCAGGCGAGCGAGGAAAAGAGCGAGCGAGCAGAGAGUUUGGUAUAGUCUAGCUGCUCGGUGCCGCGAAGCGCGCUGAAUGCAGAGGCCCCGGUAUAUCGGGCUCGCUCCCCUCUCCAAGAUGGCCGCCAGGUUAGGUUCCCCUGACCGAGCCAGCCAAGUCCCACCAGGUUAGGGGAAGGGUAGGCCUUGCAGGUGCCGCCAUGUCAGUGCAUGCCUAACUUCGACGCCGCGCGGAACGGACGCUGGGCCCAAGAACGCGACACCUCGUGCUGUUCUUGCUUCUUGCCAUAUUGCUCCUACGGGCCAGGAGCGAACUACGGACGACCGUGUCCGUCGUCGUGAAUCUUUGCGUUCAAGGUCGAUCGGUAUUUCGCAGCGAAACGCAGACGCGGAGCGAUCUUAUGCCCAGGAACACGGACGUGUACGUCUUCGGAAGCGAAACUCGCGCGCAGAGGGUGUCCUCGAGCAAGAAGAAACCGCGAUACGCGACGAAGGUCACGCAACGGGUGUAUCGUCGCGGUACGUCGACGAGGUGGGGCAAGCUUUAUUCGCGAACGUCUUAUCUUAUUUUUAUUCGCGUCGCGUAACACGGUGUUGUGUGUCGUGCAGGACAGUUUCGAACGGAAGGUGAUCUCGAAAGCGAACACGGUUGCGAGCCGAGUCGAGGAGAUAGUCUCGCCUCGCGCUCUCGCUACGCUGCUGCACCAAACGGUCCUACUGUCUGGUCGUUCGCCUACGAGAGGAUCGAUUGGUGAUCAAAAAGACGAGUGGUCCGUUACGAGGAUGACAAAAGGUGCCGCGAAGCGGAAGAUGUAGAGCUCGAAGAGCGAAGAGGUUUUGGAGCAAUUUUUGGAGUCGGAGCGACGGAACGGGAUCGGAGAUGAAGGCAGCUCUGGACACGAGACGAUCGGCCCGGUCUCGCGACCGAUCGUUGUCCUGAUCGUCUAUCUAUCAGGCGUGGAUCUAUCGCGAGGAAUGCACGAUAUCUCGCGGGCGAGGGUAUUCUAGCAGCGGCUAGGACAGCGGAUAGCACGGCGUGCCAGCAGGCGAAGAGGGAAAGAGAGAUAUAGCCCGGCACGUACGCGUCGGUAGAACGAAAGGAGGAAGAACGGGAGGAAACGAAGGAAGAGGCUGCGAGGAGGAACGAAGGCGGAGCGAGAGAGACGUGGAACGGUGUCGAGAUAGGCUCUCGCGUUCGCGGAAGGAAUUUCCACAAGGUAUCGGCGACACGGCGAACACCGCGCUGGGAAAACUAGAAGACGAUAGAGAACGUCGCGCGGGGACAAUCGGCGGUUCGGUGAUUACGAGAGGAAAAGCCAGGAUAAAACGUGAUUGUGCUUGGUGGUGGUGCUGCUGGUGGGUGAUCAGUGUGCCGGUGGAUCGCAUACUUGUGCUUUCUACCGUCGGUUUUAUCGAAAUCGUAUUCUCAUUUCGGAGCGUGUCCGUGGGCCCGCGACGGAACGUUGGUAGGAUCGGUGGUACUCGAUUUCGCGUCCUCUCAAGAUCGAUCGUACGGGGAUGGAAAGAUCGAGAUAAUAGCGCGAGACGGAGGUGGAGGCGGCGGCGGUGGUGGAGGCCCCAGGAUGCGGCACCUGCUACUGUUCCUCGUCCUGGGAGCGACCCUCGCCCCGGGCACGUGGUCCGAGCACGUCAGAUACUUGGAGGUCUCGGAAAACGCGAGACCCGGCACCAGGGUAGGCUUCAUCAACGCCGACAGCCCGCCCUAUUUGAUAGUGUCGGUGUCCGGGUCCGCGGUCGAGUCGGACUUGAACGUGGACCAUGCGACGGGAGAGAUCAGGACGAAAGUGUCGUUGGACCGCGAGACCAGGCCGUCUUACAGCCUGGUCGCGUUGCCGCAGAACAUUCAGGUGGUCGCGCUGCCGCAGAACAUUCAGGUGGUCGUGAAGGUGCUGGACGAGAACGACAACGCGCCAACGUUCCCCGUGGACCACGUGGACAUCGAGUUCCCGGAAAACUCGCCGCGCGACGCGAAACGCGCCUUGCCGCCCGCCAAGGAUCCCGAUCUCGGCCAGAACUCGACGCAGAAGUACGAGAUCGUCUCUGGAAAUCACGGUGACGCGUUCAAACUGUCGCAGCACCGCGGCCGCGACGGGGUUCUCUAUUUGGAUCUGCAGAACUCUGGCUCCUUGGACAGAGAAGCCCGUUCCCAGUACCAUUUGGUGAUCGAGGCGGUGGACGGGGGCGUUCCUCCUCUCCGAUCGCGGCUUCGCGUGAACGUGACGGUGCAGGACGUCAAUGACAAUUCUCCGAUCUUCAAUCAGACGACGUACGUUGCCAGCGUCCCGGAGAACGCGACCGUCGGCACCCCGGUACUCGCGGUGAACGCAACGGACAGCGACGCUGGGGACAACGGACGCAUAGAGUAUUCCAUCAAUCGGCGGCAAUCGGAUCGCGAGGAGAUGUUUCGCAUCGAUCCCGAGACGGGCAUGGUGUACGUGAACAAGGCGCUAGACUUUGAGUCCAAGGAACGCCACGAGCUGGUGAUCGUGGCCAGGGACUGUGGCGCCCAGCCCCUCGAGGCGAGCGCGUUUCUCUCUGUGUGUGUCACCGACGUCAACGACAAUCAACCGGCGAUCACGAUCAUCUUCCAAUCGGACGACGCGACGCCCAAGAUCAGCGAGAGCGUUCAGCCGGGGGAGUUCGUGGCUAGGAUAUCUGUCAGCGAUCCUGACUCCAGGACCGAGUACUCGAACGCCACGGUCUCGCUGUCCGGUGACGAGGGAUACUUCGGAUUGGCCACCAGGGACAAUAUCAUCUACUUGGUCGUGGUCAAGAAGCCUCUGGAUCGCGAGAAGAAGCCAGUCUACGAUCUGUCGGUCGAAGCCACCGACGCGGGCACGCCUCCGUUGAGAGCCGUUCGAACCUUUCGGCUCCUCAUCACCGACGUCAACGACAACGCGCCCAAGUUCGCUCAGGAAAGGUACGAGGCGCACCUGCUGGAAGCCUCGGAGCCAGGCACGUCGGUGUUAAAGGUGACGGCCGUGGAUCUCGACGAAGGCGCCAACUCGGCCAUCAAGUAUUCUCUGUUGAACUCCACGUGGUUCACGAUCGACGAGACGUCCGGGCUGAUAACCACGAGGACCCACGUGGACUGCGAGGCAGAUCCGGCGCCGAUUCUAGUGGUGAUCGCGACGGACCGCGGUCAACCGCCGUUGAACAGUAGUGCGAUAGUGCGUGUGACGGUUCACGAUCUCAACGACAACGAGCCCAUCUUCGAGAAGCCGCUCUACAACGCUACGGUUUCGGAGGCCAUGCCCGUUGGAUCCUGCUUUCUCAAGGUGAGUUUUUGCAAACUUUUCACUUGA